GAAAAAAUCUCUCUCUUCCCAUUACCUCCCCAACACGACAUUGUAGAUCCCAAAGCUGAGGCAAUAGUCAGCUCCCUCCGACUACGCAUAGAGGGAGAGAGAAAGAAGAGUGGAAUCGAUGAUACUGUUGCAAUCUCACUCAAGAUUUCUCCUUCAGACCUUGAUGAAUCGGGUUCAGAAAUUCUUAUGGGGCAUACUUGGAUUUUGUUUAUACGAUAAUGCUAGUUCAUACUCCCCAAAUGGACUGCUAAUAGCCUUGAAAAGGGAGUUGAAUUGGAUUAUCACUGGGUUGAGUUUGACGAUGUUCGUUACCAUAUUCAGGUGUCAAUGAAGAAUUCACAUGUCUUGUUGCUAUCAAUGUCGUUACCCACCCCUCCUCCAGAAGCCAUUUUCUUUGGUGGACUUCCGUUUGGAGCGAUAGAAGCUAUAAAAGCUGCAUAUGGUGUGCUUGUACAAAUUCUUGAUCCUCCAAGGGAUGGCUUUAAUCUCACAUUGAAACUGAAUCUGUCAAAACUUCCUCCAGAUGAAGAGCACAGACAUGCUCUUUUGGUAAAGAUUGCAUCUGUUAGGGAAGUGGUACUUGGUGCUCCAUUGAGAGUAAUUCUAAAACAACUUGCUUCAAGGACUGUUGCUCCUAAUAUGGAUCGGCUUGUUGCAAUUGUGCACCGGCCGAACGAGUCUUUUUUCCUUGUUCCUCAGGUAGGGAAGGUGACGGUUGUGUUUCCUAUGAGAUUUAAGGACUCCAUAGAUAUUGUUCUUGCGACUUCCUUCCUGCAGGAGUUUGUGGAAGCAAGACGCACGGCUGGACUUAAUAACGUCCCUUCUUGUUUGUGGUCUUCUUCUCCUCCUCUAGAGCUGAAGGGAGCUCCUGGUGAAGCACUAUUGGCAAAUGCAGGAUUUGUUACAUUUGUUAUCUUCCCCCGUCAUGUAGAAGGCAAAAAGUUGGACCGUACAGUUUGGAGUUUAUCAACUUUUCACGCUUAUGUUAGUUAUCAUGUCAAAUGCUCAGAGGGUUUCAUGCAUACAAGGAUGCGGCGUCGUGUGGAGUCUUUGAUUCAGGCCCUAGAUCGUGCCAAGCCGGAGUUGGAGAAUUCGAAGAAAACAGUGCAAAGCAGAUCCUUCAAACGACUGAGCCUCAAUGAUGCAAGGACCAAUUCGAAGUCAUAAAGAUUUACAGGGUAGAAGAGGGAUGCUCCUGUUUGAAUCCCAAGAAGCCCAUCAUCCGAGGCAUUGUUUACGAUGUGCUGGAAAGACGACUCCUAGUGCUUGUAUUUUAUUCUCAAAAAAAAAAAAAUUGAUUCAGUUGCUAGUAUGUUACAACUUUGUCUAUAGUUGCUUUCAUCUGAACAAGAAAGUUUCAUUUUGUUUAGGUCAAUUUUGGGAUCCAUUUUAGUAUUUCCUUUCCUGGUAUAAAGCAUUAAUUUAAUUAUGCCCACAUAAAUUUAUGGCUACAUGGAACCGAGUUAUUUGGGUGAUAUGCUAUCCUGCUUUGAUCAA